GGUUUUCAUCACUUUCAAGCAGCUAUCGGGAAAGAAAUUGCUGAUAUUACCCUGAUUGCUAGGAGAUGCACUAGGAGAAAUGGUACUCGUAUGUGGAGAAGAGGAGCUGAUGCUGAUGGAUAUGCUGCUAAUUUCGUUGGAACUGAGCAAAUUAUACAGGUUAAUGGGUACACAUCAUCAUUUGUUCAGGUUCUGGGAUCCAUGCCAUUUAUCUGGGAGCAAAUUGUUGAUUUGACAUAUAAACCCAAGUUUGUGAUUGUGAGACCUGAAGAAGCACCUCGAGUAGCCAAGCGACAUUUUCUGGAUCUAAGAAAAAAGUAUGGGGCAGUUUUAGCAAUUGAUCUUGUCAACAAGUAUGGAGGUGAGGGACGCUUAAGUGAAAAAUUUGCAGGUUCAGUGCAGAAUCUAUUGAGUGAUGAUAUAUGUGCAUUUCGAUUUCCAUAAAGUCUGUGGGCACAUUCAUUUUGAGCGCCUAUCUAUCCUCUAUGACCAAAUCACAGAUUUCCUUGAGAAAAAUGGGUAUCUCUUGCUGAAUGAGAAGGGUGAGAAAAUGAAAGAGCAAACUGGAGUUGUAAGGACUAACUGUAUUGAUUGCUUAGACCGCACAAACGUUACACAGAGCAUGAUAGGUCGAAGAAUGUUGGAACUUCAACUUCGGAGGAUUGGCAUUUUUUCAGCUGAAGAAACCAUCAGCUUACAUCCAAAUUUUGAUGACAGCUUCAAAAUAUUUUGCUGCUUUUAACUGUCUUCCAACCUUCAAUGUGGGCUAAUCAUGGAGAUGACAUAAGUGUUCAAUACUCUGGCACUCCUCCACUGAAAGGAGAUUUUGUCAGGUUUGGUCAGCGGACAACUCAAGGGAUCAUGAAUGAUCUCUGGAAUGCCCUUGUACGCUAUUAUUUGAACAACUUCUGUGAUGGAACAAAACAGGAUGCAAUUGACCUUCUCCAAGGACAUUACAUUGUUUCUGUCAGCCGUGUUAUGACCCCUCAAUCUCAAAGGGCAGGCCUGGAGGCUAUAGCUUCAUUUCCACUGGCCUUGUCAUUGAUCUUGAUUGGAUUCUUUUUCGCAAUUGUGUCACUGACGCAAGUUAGCUAUGGUUAUUGGCACCUAUUCUUUUCACUUAUGUGGGCAAGCAUAAGUAUUGGUAUUGCAGCCAUUGUGAGAGCUAAUGGCAGGAUUUUCUGCAACCGACCUCGUUCGCUCAAACCACGAAGUUAAUUAUGCAUAGAAUGCACUGGCCUGCACAACACAACUCUUUUCCAAGCUCUCACUCUGGUUAUUGUAUUUGUUCAUACAUGCUGCUUCUAAUAGUCCACAUGAAGCUCAUCAACAUCCCAUUUCCUACUUCAGCAAUACCACUAUUGUCUUCGUCGGUAUCAUUCUUCUUUGUACAUAUUUUUCGUCCCUAUGAUUAUUCAAGCAGGGAGCACUUUUGAGUCUGUAAUUUCUGGGAUUUUGCUUUGACUCCUGAGUCCAGUGAUUGUAGCUGGCUGGCUGCAAGGGCGUGAAUGUAAAGAAAGAAAACUAUUCGCUGCCCAUUAAGAUUUUAGGCCUUCAGAAAUGGCAAUUUUGUAAAUCUGAGCAAAAAGCAUGGUCAAUAAGUUGUUUCGUCAAACUACCUGUGCCACUUCUCAAACAUGCCCCCAAGGUGGACAGCUUGAAUUGAAGGGUGUUUUUGCAAGGUAAUGAAUCAAAGUCAUGCCGACCAACAGGCAUUUUGUAGCGAAAACGUGAACUUUACUCUUGUUGGAUGACAUUAGGCUUCUCGCCUUUUGGUCCUAAACGACAAGAUUCUUUGUUUCAGUUCGAAUGACAUAAAAACAAACUUCAAAUCUUUUUGUCAAGUUCUUAUGUACUUAAUUACAUAACUAAAAAAAAAAUUUACAGUAUAAAUUACACCCUAUUGU